AUGACGCUUCGAGCGACGUCGUCGUCGCGCGGUCUCGGGCGGCUCGAGAAGACCGACGCGCGCGGGGAGCUGUCCGGGCGCGCGUUCGCGCGUGCGCGCGAGGAGCUGGCGCGCGAGCUGUACGCGGAGAUGAAUCGGAACGUGUUUGGGGGUGCGCUGCCGCCAGACCUCGACAUCAAGUGGACGCCGUACCUCAGAAGCACCGCGGGCACGACGCACUACAAGCGCACGCAGCGUGUGGGCGAGGCGCCCGUGUACCACGCGCGGAUCGAGCUGGCGACCAAGGUGCUGGACACGGCCGCGAAGCUGCGCCGGACGCUGUGCCACGAGAUGUGCCACGUGGCGGCCUGGCUGAUCGACCACGUGGCGAAGCCUCCGCACGGCGCGCACUUCAAGCGGUGGGCGCGGUGUGCGAUGGAGCGGUACCCGGACCUGGACGUCAGCACGUGCCACAACUACGACAUUCACUACGCGCACCGAUGGCAGUGCGGGGCGUGCCGGCGCGAGUACGGCCGGCACUCGCGCUCGAUCGACCCGAACAAGCACCGCUGCGGCGGCGGGUGCGGCGGCCAGCUGACCUACCUGGGCAGGAGCAACCCCGACGGCACGCCGUGCAAAGCACGCACACCUUCGGCAUACAACGCGUUCGUCAAGGACAACAUGGCAGUGGUCAGGAGCGAGCUCGGGGCCGGUACGCCGUCGCGCGAGAUCAUGAAGGAGCUGUCGCAGCGGUACCGCGCAUCGAAGGCGCAGCUGAACGAGGGCGACAGCGCGCGGCGAGCGGCCCAGGGCGACGCGCCGCCGACCGCCGACGAGCUCGAGGGCGCGAUGCGCCGCCUGGAUCUACUGUGA